AUGGCUGAUGAUCAGCGAUUCUCAUUCUCCCAACCCAAUCAGAGUCAGAGAGCAUCCUGCCCUGCCGACUCCUCCGUCGCCAGUGCAAGAACGCCUGAAAAACGCUUCAUGUUAACGAUAAAGGCUGGAUGUCCGAUGAACUUGGAGAAUUUCCCAAUGGACACCCAGAGAUGUCCGCUGAAAUUUGGAAGCUUUGGAUACACGAUCAAGGACGUGACAUACGUGUGGCGUCGUCAGGUGGUGACGUCGACCGACAUGAAGCUGUCACAGUUUGACCUCAUCGGUACGCCUGCCGCCAACCAGACCGAUCUCCUCAAAUCCGGUAAGUAG